AUGAACAUCUAUCUAUCUAUCUAUCUAUCUAUCUAUCUAUCUAUCUAUCUAUCUAUCUCUUUUUAUUUCUCUUUCCUCUCUCUCUUUCUUUCUCUGGCAAAUCAUGUAGAGAGCAUAAAUAUAAAAAUCUAUCUAUCUAUCUAUCUAUCUAUCUAUCUAUCUGUGUUUCUAAUUUCUUUCAUUUCAUUCGUUAAUUCAUUUUCUUUCUUUUGUCUUUCUUUCUUCCUGUCUUUCUUUCUUUCUUUCUUUCUUUCUUUCUUUCUUUCUUUCUUUCUUUCUUUGUUCGUUUCUUUCUUUACAUUUUUUUCCUAUUAUAUAAUUUAUUUCUUACAUUUUAUCCUAUACCUUGUGAUUCUAAUUUCCUUCCUUUCAUUCUUUACUCCAUGUUUUUUUUUUCUUUCUUUCUUUCUUUCUUUCUUUCUUUCUUUCUUUCUUUCUUUCUUCAAUCGCCGGCCUUCUUUCUUUCUUUCUUUCUUUCUUUCUUUAUCUCUAUUUCCUUACUUGAACUUUCCGCAGAUGUUUUCUCGCAACGCAUUAGCAAACAACUACUAUACGGACGGAAGGAUCUAUCUAUCUAUCUAUCUAUCUAUCUAUCUAUCUAUCUUUAUCUAUUUUUGA